CCAUCUUAUAUUCUGGCGACAUACUUAUUCUACAACCAUAAACCAUCAACCCUGACCAACACUCACCCAACUCAGUCACUCACUCUCCAUCUCUGUCACUCCUUGUGCAGCUCACCUUCCUCUUCUCCUUGCUAGCUCAGUCUCCCAUCUUCCCCUUCGACUCUCAGAUCAUCAGUUUGUUAACCAUAGUCCUUAUGAUGAAUCUAGUAUCAUUUGAGACACCGCCUCUUGGAAGGAAAGAGAGAGCUAAUACUACCAUCACGGCAAAAGCGUCUGCUAGGGCAAACGAAUCAAGCUCCAGCAGCACUUGCUUCCACAGCCAUCUGGACCUCAGCCUUGGCAUCUCCUUGUCUCAUGGCAGCGGCAGCUGCGACGCAACUGGCUGCAGCGGCAUCAAGGCGAGCUGUGGUGGUCGACAGGGAAGCGGUGGCGACAAGAACCUCGGUUCCAUGACCAGUGGCACCACCACCACCACCACCACAAAUGUCCUUACCGCAGGGCAUUGCCAUGUAAGUGAUUCGACUGCAGGAGGCGGUUGGGCAGCGGCGUUCAUGCCGAGCCCGACCGGCUUCAUGCACCCAUGGAGCCUCGCCGCACGGCAGCAGAAGGCAGCCGCCGAGCAGAAGCUGACGCCGCCGGCCACGUAUGUGCCAAGCAGUGAUGCUCGUGUCGUCCCAUUGCCGUCAGCCAUCGGCUGGCCGCCAGUGCAUACGUCCCGGCGCAACAUCGUCACCGCUAUGCACGUAACGAAGACAGGCGGCGCCACAGUCGCGGCAGACGGGCCGAAGGGCAGUACGACGACACACGCCGGUGGUGAGAAAAAUGCGGCGGCGCCGACAGACAGCACGGUCGUAGCGACACGGCCGCCGGCGAACAUGUUCGCCAAGGUUCACAUGGAUGGAUGUACAAUAGGCAGGAAGAUCAACCUGAGGGCCCAUGGCAGCUACGAGUCCCUGUCUCGGGUGCUCACCAAGAUAACAAGGAAUUUCUUUUGUCCCGCAGACUGUUCAGGUGCAAAUACUGGAGAAGAAGAUCUUCCCAACAGUGACAAAUUCAUAUUUGUUUAUGAAGAUUUUGAGGGUGAUCGAAUGCUGGUUGGUGAUGUUCCGUGGGAGUUAUUCCUAGCGUCUGCUAAAAGAUUGUACAUUGUCCAAAACCCAGCAUCAAGAGACAAAGGUCAUGGUGAACGUGAUGGAAAAGAUAAAACUGAAGAACCACCAAGAAAUAACUGAAGGCACCUGUCAAGCAAGUGAUCAGAAGGACAUAAUCAUGCAUAUACACUAUAUGCAUUUGCAUUUCUUGAUUUGGCAUAUAUAGUUCUGAACUAGUGUUCUUCUUGUACUAAUUAAUUAACUAGUAGCUAUGAAGAGCGAGUUUUCUUGUACCGUUGGCCUAAUCAAUGUGCAUAUAGUUUUGAUCAUCAUGUAAGAAGAAUUCUACAAAAGACAAAACAUGCCGUAAACGUUGGACUGAACAGCGAUACAUAUGAAACAUAUAACUUGUUAGCACCCUUGUAUU